UGGUGAUCAAUGGUCAGUAGUCGGUCACCACUGUUCAGCAAACGAUCACACUUGCAACCAGAGCAGCGACAGCAACAGAUCGCAAUCGCACGAAAACAUUAUUAUCGUAUUAUUGUCGUCUACAGCAACGACCAACUGUUAGCACGAUGAAGGGUUUGUUAUACGCGGUGUGCGCGAUCGGUCUGUGCGCUCACGCUUUUGCUGGCGAAGAGGCGAAGAAGGAAGAGUCCAAGGUAGAACCCAAGGCAGCCACAGUAGCUGACUCUAGCAAAGGAAAGAGGCACCUCUCGUCAUUCGGUUAUGGCGGUUACGAAUCUGACGGCGGUUUCGAAUCUUACGGAAUCGGCAGCGCCGGUUAUGGAGCUGGUUACGCCGUGCACGGUUACGCCGCUCAAGACAUCGGUUACCACGGUCACGCACAAUUGUUGUCCAAGACCAUCGUCAAGGAAGUCGGACACCCGUACCCCGUGCCCGUUGAGAAGCACGUGCCAUACCCCGUAAAGGUCGCCUUUCCCGUCGACCGCCCGUACCCGGUGCACGUACCUCGCCCAUACCCAGUGCACGUUGAGAAACCAGUGCCAUACGCCGUCAAAGUGCCCGUACCCCAGCCGUACGCAGUCUACAAGGAAGUGCCAUACCCAGUGAAGGUGCCCGUCGACAGGCCAUACGCUGUCCACGUACCAAAGCCCUACCAAGUGGUCGUCGAGAAGCACGUCCCAUACCCAGUCGAGAAGCACGUUCCAUACCCAGUCAAGGUGCCCGUUGACCGUCCAUACCCCGUACACGUACCAGUUGAGAAGCACGUCCCAUACCCAGUCGAGAAGCACGUCCCAUACCCCGUUCACGUACCAGUCGACCGCCCGUACCCAGUGACAGUCGAGAAGCACGUCCCAUACACCGUCGACAGACCCGUCCCAUACCCAGUCGAGAAGCACGUCCCAUACCCCGUCAAGGUUCCCGUCAAAGUUGAAGUUCCAGUGCCCUAUGAAGUGCCCAGCCACGAUGACUACCACGGCAGCAACUCUUACGAAAGCUCUUCAUACGGUAACUCGUACGGACCAUCUCACGGUAGCACUUCGUACAGCAACUCAUACGGACCAUCCCACGGCGCCUCUUCAUACGGCUCAUCGUCCUACGGAUCGUCUCACGGCAGCUCGUACUAAUCAAAAGCUCCAGUCAUAGGUUAGGUUACCGUGUUUCACCACGCUCGCUACCAAAGCCAUUAUUGCGACCGUCGGUGACAACACCACAUACAAAACAAUCAAAAUUUAGGUAUAUAUUUUUUUAAGUUAAGUGACAUCAAUCAAUAUUUUACCAUCAACAUAGUAGUAUAACAUAUUAUAUACAACAACAAUAUGUCAUUAUUUGUCUGUUAACAUAAUAGAUCUCAAAAUACAGAGUUGUGUAUCAACUUUUUGGGUCGUUGCAAUAUCAUAUAUGUUUUUUUUUUUUGACUGCAAACGUUCAAUUUUAAUAUGUGUUUUUUUACGAAUUUCAUUGUAUAAAUAGUUUUUAAAUGUAUUUUAACAUCAAGCACAAUAUUUUAUAUUGUAUUGUGAAGUCUUCGAAAUAAACUUUUUUCGUGUA